AUGCACGGAUGGGUCCUCGUUGACGUAUUCGGGGGCAGUGGACAUUCCUGGCCAAGUGUGGCCAGCCAAUGGGAUGCAGCUGAGACUCCCACUGUGGUCAGCAAAGCACGGACGCUGCUGAGGGAGGAGGAACACGUGUUGGGUCUUCCCAGUGAAAGAUCCACUGUCCAAAGUGGGCGAAAAUAUAGGCGGGCUGAUCACACCUACCACAGAGUGGACCACCCGGAGCCAGGAAUUAUCCGGCUGGCGAAGGGUGGGUACCCAGUCUGGGAGGAUUUCAUCUCCAAAACUACAAAGCUGCAGUCACACCUCAGGACGACCAUUGUCAUAGCUGGCGCCUUCCUGGAUGCUUUUCAGAAAGUAGCAGACCUGGCCACAAACACACGAGACUUGCUGCAGAUUAUUGAUCACACUUUAGGAAGGCUUUCUUUGAUGGAGAUUUAUCAUUGCAUGUCGGAUACCAGAGAACGGCAGGUUGAAGUGUUGGAUGGACCAGAUGAGAAUGGAGAGAUGUUCACCCGCCCUGGCAAACUCUCUGAUUACUUCCCGCGACCAUACCCCAAUUCAGAGGCAGCAAGAGCAGCGAAUAAUGGAGCACUUCCUCCUGAUCUCAGUUACAUUGCAAAUGCCAGACAUGGCGGUGAGGAUUACAUCUUCACCCUGCUCACUGGUUACUGGGACCCUCCUGCCGGCAUCAGUCUCCGAGAAGGCCUGUACUAACCCUACUUUCCUGGUCAGGCCAUUGGAAUGGCCCCUCCUAUUUAUGAUGAAGCUGUUGAAUUUGAGGAUGGUAGGAGAUGGGGACUCCGGCCCACAAUGAAGUCAGAUCGCCAAGGACGUCUUUGCACCUUCCUGCGUUGGAGCUCUGAACCAGAACACGACCAACGGAAGCGCAUGGGCCUGAAGGUGCUGAUGUUCUCGUCUCUGCUGUUCCCACUGCUCUACUACAUGAAGAAGCAUCGAUGGUCUGUUUUAAAGAGCAGAAAGAUCGCCUACAAACCUCAAUAACUCCUGGAACCAGGGAUACUUUGACUCCAGUGGCACCUGAUCUUUACAUUCUCAGUCAAUACGGAUGUGGUCUGGACUUAGUUUCGGGGGUGGGUGGGUGGGUAGAAACAAAAUAAUAUGAACGGUUUAAAAUAAAUGGGCAAUCAGUUGGGCCAUUACCAGAGCAUGGCACUGUUAGGGGUUGUAUUGUCUAGCUCCUGAGAGGACGGGUUGGUUACUGACUAAGUGGAUGAUCCACAGACAAUAACUUGCCAGCCUGAAUGUUGCAUGACCCUGACCUGUGUUCAGUAUUUUUAAAAGGGGUUUUGAAAUAAACUUGGAACGACAGCAGCCUCAGUGAUGGUGAAUGUUGUCCUUGACUACAUGAAUUACCAAAUAUAACCUGGCAGUAACCUCUAGCUUUGGGCAGUAGUUGGAUCUCAAUUGAUGAUAAGAGUUCUGGACCCCUACUUAAUAAAUCUGGACACCACUAAUGAGUGGCUCUGGUGAUAGGGUAAAGAGAAUGCCUUGUUUUGCUGAGGCUUUUUGAAGUACCACCACAGAACCUUGCCCAGUCCUGCAGGAUCAAAGUGCUGAUCCCAGUGGAGUUGGUCUCUGAGGAAGGUGCAGGGAGCAGUUGGAAUCCGUUUGUCAUUUUAAGUUCAUCUUCAGGGUGCUUUGAUUAUGUGAUGUGAGUCUGGUCCAGCUGGGAGAUGAAAGAUUCCCUUUGUUCAAUCAUUACUGUCCACAACAUUGUGUAAAUAUUUAAUGGCCUGAGAUGUUUAAUAAAUGCUAUGCUGUA